AUGAAGGCCCAAAAGAAGUUAUCGGGCUGGAUGUCACAGACAGCUCAUAGCCUCACAACCCGUCAAAAGGGUUUUAUUGGGUCGGAUAUUUGCAAGGUAGUUGAUAAGUUAAAAAUCUGUUUCCAAGGGGAGCUCCGAAAAACCACAAGGAAGCAUCACCGGCCACCGGAGAUCGGAUUUAACUCACGCGUGUCGAAUUUGAUUGGCGAUAUCGAUCUAGCGAUGGGGUUUAUCCUUACAACCCUAAUUUUCAUUGCGGUUGGAAUCAUUGCGUGCUUCUGCACACGAGUUUGCUGUAAUAAAGGCCCUUCGGCGAAUUUGUUCCACCUUACAUUGGUGAUUACUGCUACUAUAUGCUGUUGGAUGAUGUGGGCAAUUGUUUAUCUUGCACAGAUGAAUCCACUCAUUGUCCCAAUUUUGAGUGAAGGAGAGUGAACCAUCCUUCAAGGCAAUUUGCAGCAACAGCCUCUUUGGUCUUUUUAGUAUUUGUGAAUUUGAGGAUGAAAGGGGUGAAAUUGGUGAAGAGUGUUUCUCUAAAUUUAUUUUGGUUGCAAUUAUUAUUAUGUUAAGAUUGGUAUGAGUUGCAAACAUUUAUGCAUUUUUUUUUUUGGUUCUUGAGGAUUAAAUUUGAUGUGUUACUUACCUU